ACAAAUGAAAAUAAAAUUGUAUAUUUGUGAUAUUUAAACUGUGUAUUAUUCAUGAAAAUAUUUUCUAACAGAAUGUUAUAAGGUUAACCUAGCAUGUUGUCAAAUAGGCAAGGUGGUAAAACGGGUACAGUUUAUACACCAUUUUUAAGAUGUGUGCAGCAGUCACAUAGUUAAUUUAAAAGAGAGAGUGUGUGUGUGGGGGGUGUGUGUGUGUGUGUGUGUGUGUGUGUGCUAUGCUGUUUAUGUUGUGUAUACAUAGCCUGUAUGAGGACUUUUUGUUUAUGUUUAUGUUACACCUGUUGCAGGAUGCCCCACAACAGAGCUAGGACAACGAAUAGGGGAGUGCCAGGAUACCUAUUAGAGAGGUAGAGGAGGGCAGAUCAAUUAGGAAGGUAGCUGAGAAUUUACAGAUUCCUGUUGCUUCACUGGCCCGAUAUGUGAAGAAAAGGCGAGAGCUUGCUGAUGAGGGCCCAGGCCUGCUGCCCUCAGUAGGGUACAAGAGCUGCAAUGCAGUUCUAACUUAUGACCAGGAGCUCAGCCUGGUGUCUUAUAUCAGGACAGCGGCAGCCUUAUAUUAUGGGCUACCCCCUAAAGAGAUUCGCAAAUUGGCCGAUUUUUACAGAUUGCCUUUUCCACAGCAGUGGACUAAAAAGGCCUCAGGCUACAUGUUUUUACAGGUCAACAAACUUUAAUGAAGUGAAUGUGGGGUCUUUCUUCAAAAAAUUGACAACUGUCUACAGCAGACAUGGAUUUCAGGCUAAAGAUAUCUGGAAUGUAGAUGAGACUGGGCUUGUGAGGGUCCAGAAACCUGACUUUCUUGUUGCGACGAAGGGGGAAAGACGAGUGGGUAGCAUAACAUCAGCUGAAAGGGGGGUUCUUGUUACCAUGGCACUGGCAGGGAAUGCUCUUGGUAACAUUAUUCCCCCCCAUUUCGUCUUUCCCCGGAAGAAAUACCUUCCGCAUUUCAUUCGUGGUUGCCCAGAGGGGUCUAUCGGCACAGCCAAUGGCAGUGGCUGGAUGAUGGAGAAGGACUUUGUUGUCUUCUUGCAGCAUUUUGAACACUACACCCGGGCAACAGAGGAGAGCAAAGUCUUGCUGCUGUUGGAUAAUCACAGCUCCCAUAUCUCAAUAGAAGCUAUAAACUUCUGUAGGGCCAAUGGUGUGGUUAUGCUUUCAUUUCCACCACAAUGCACUCACCAUCUGCAGCCACUUGACAAGUCUGUCUACGGUCCGUUAAAGAGGUUCUUCAAUGAGGAGAUGGACAAGUGGCACCGUGAGAAUCCUGGACAAACUAUCACCAUCUAUGACCUGCCACAGUUGCUAAACAACAUCUUACUGCUGGCAGCGUCACCUCUGAAUGUAAAGAAGGGGUUUAAGAGUACUGGGAUCUGGCCGCUCAAUCCACUUAUCUUCAAGGGAGAGGAUUUUCUCCCAGCUUCAGUGACCGACAGGCCCCCUCCAGAUGAAUCUCUCCCUGGGCUGUCCGACGCCGCCCUCACACCACCUGGGCCGUCCGACGCUGCCCUUACACCACCUGGGCCGUCUGCCGAUGAUGCUCUUGUUGCUCUUACAGGGCCAACAAUGACUAUAAAUUCUGAGGGUCUUCAUGAAAUAACCCUGACUUUAUUUCCUCUUUCAUUACAAGAGGAGGAAAUCAUCACGGAAGUAAGAGAAAUUGAUUUAAUUUCAAGCAAUGUAUUAUACAUACAAUUAUGGUCCAGCAUGUUCCAAAGUUUAGUCCUGAACUAAUCAGGCCUCAUCCAAAAGCUGGCCCCAGAAAGGCCAAUGGUCAACGUCGGAGGAAAAGGACCACUGAAAUUCUCACUGAUACCCCUGUAAAGGAGACCCUUGAAGAGAAGAAAAGAAGAUCCUCCAUGAAGGUGAAAAGGAAGAUCAUGACAGAGAAAAAGGAAGGAGGGAAAAAGAAGAAAGAAAAGCACAGAAGACACAAAAUGCCUGGUGUGUGACGAAUGGUUCUCAAGUUCACGGUCGGGAGAGAAAUGGGUGUCCUGCUCUAGGUGUAGCAUGUGGUCACACGUAGAGUGUACCCUUGGCGGAGACAGCUACACAUGCCAUCAUUGUGAAAGUGACACCUGAAUCAAUUUCUUCCUUUGUUGGUUGUUUACUGUUACUUUUGACAUUGUUAUUGUUAGUGUUGUUAUUGGAAUGUUUCCAUUUGUACUGUUGCAAUAUCUGUUCAUGAAAUAUCUUGUUCCUGUUUUAUACAUUUUAACCAGUGCUAAUUUAAAUUAAAUGAAUUAAUUUAAAUGGAUGAAUAAACAAACAUGUUGCCCAAAUGUUAUUUUCUUUAUUUAUUAUAUUUGCAAUGAACGGGUAGUUACAUUUAGCCUACUUCAUUAAAAAUGGGUGUCUCAACUGUACCAUGGUACUGUCUCAACUGUACCACAUAUGGGUACAGUUGAGACAAAGUUGAGACAAAAAGCACCUUAUUUUUAUGAGCUAAUUGUGGAAAAUAUAAACUUACUUAUGGGUAAUAUUGAUUGAUAAUAUCUUAGUCUUCAAGCUAAUGAAAUGUCAUGUGGCAUGUCAUGUGGAAAUUCACUUCUUUUCAGUAUCUAUUUCUGUGUGAAAAAUCAAAACGCAAAAAGUGUCUCAACUGUACCCAGUCUACCCUA